CCCUGGAGGCACAGCCGAUUCAAUGUUUAAAGCAGGGUGUACUUGCACCGCAGGAGGUUACUGGAGAGGAGGAAGGUGGACCAGCAGUUCCCACAAGAUGCCUUAUAUUGUAAAACUCCUUUUGUUGAUCUUUUGCUUGGUCCUUCUUGGGGAAAGCAGAAAGCACAGGAGGAGGAGAUGGACAGGACAGAUAGAGAUGCAGAAGACGAGUCACAUAUAUAAAAAGAACCAUGACAUAACAAAAAUGCGGAAAGGAAAAACUGAACAGCUCCUGAGGGUAGAUGACCAUGAUUUCUCCAUGAGACCUGCCUUUGGAGGCCCUGCUAUUCCUGUUGGGGUUGAUGUGCAGGUUGAAAGCUUGGACACUAUUUCUGAGGUCGAUAUGGACUUCACAAUGACAUUGUAUCUGAGGCACUAUUGGAAGGACGAGCGCCUGGCCUUCCCCAGUCAUACUAAUAAGAGCAUGACUUUUGACGGAAGGCUAGUGAAGAAGAUCUGGGUGCCUGAUGUCUUCUUCGUUCACUCUAAAAGAUCCUUCAUUCAUGACACGACUACUGAGAAUAUCAUGUUGCGGGUGUACCCAGAUGGCCAUGUUCUCUAUAGUAUGAGGAUCACAGUGACAGCAAUGUGCAACAUGGACUUUAGCCGGUUUCCACUAGAUUCCCAGACCUGUUCUCUGGAGCUAGAAAGCUAUGCCUACACAGAUGAAGAUCUGAUGCUCUACUGGAAAAACGGGAAUGAAUCUCUGAAAACAGAUGAGAAGAUUUCCUUAUCCCAGUUCCUGAUACAAAAAUUUCAUACAACCUCUAGACUCGCUUUCUACAGUAGCACAGGUUGGUACAAUCGCCUCUACAUUAGCUUCACUUUACGUCGUCAUAUCUUCUUCUUCUUGCUCCAAACUUAUUUUCCUGCCACUCUUAUGGUUAUGCUGUCCUGGGUGUCCUUCUGGAUAGACCGCAGAGCUGUGCCUGCCAGAGUUUCCUUGGGAAUAACCACGGUGCUGACCAUGUCUACCAUCAUCACGGGUGUCAACGCCUCCAUGCCUCGGGUCUCCUACAUCAAAGCUGUGGACAUCUACCUCUAUGUCAGUUUUCUGUUUGUCUUCCUCUCAGUCAUAGAGUACGCGGCAGUGAACUACCUGACCACAGUGCAAGAGCGAAGGCAGCGGAAGCUGCGAGAGAAGUUUCCAUGUACAUGUGGAAUAUCUUCUACAAAAUCUGUGCUGCUGGACGGUACCUACAGUGACUCAGAUGUCAGCAGCCUAGAAAAAUAUGCAAGAGGCCAGAUAGUGACUGAAGAGGAUAAGCAAGACAAGAUGGUGAUCCAUUUGACCAUGAAUAAUGAGUCUAAUGCAUCAAGGAAGAAAGGGCUCAAGGGAUAUGUGAACUUCCAUAUCAUCCAGAACACCCAUGUUAUUGAUAACUACUCAAGGUUAAUAUUCCCGGGCACCUAUAUAUUUUUUAACUUGAUAUAUUGGUCUGUCUUCUGCUGA